GCUAAGCUUUACAGCCGUCUCCCACCUUCUUCACUACACCUAAUUAUCAUAUUCAAGAAAAAGGGGAACAAAAAAACUUCUUAAACCAAUGUAAUGUCGGAGCACACUCCAUCCAAGAAACUAAAAACCUGCGCAAAAAACACCCACAUCCAAAAGUGUGGAGAAUUUCAAGCUCUCUUUUCCUCAUUAUUUAGUAUUGUUGUCUCUAGAUCAAUAAGAUGUUCAAAAAAAGGUCUUCACCAAUUACGCAGAAAGUUUCCAAUCUUUUAGCCGAAAUCAGAAAACCCAUUAUUGCAAGAGUCAAGAUUUCUCUGAUAAACUCAGGGAAACUCAAGAGGGUCAAGCUUCUCAAGCAUUACAACUAUGGGUAUAUUCAGGAAUACGAGUAUUCACCUUCAAGCACACCACUUGUUCGACAGUAUUUGUACAAGAGGGAACUGAAGAAGCAGCAGUGUGGCUGCAGAGGAUUAUUGGUACCCAUGUUCUUGGUUUCAAGGUGUUGUUUGGGUGACCUGAGAGGGGAGGUAGAAGAUGAAAACCACCAAGUUUUCAUCCGGGAUUUCGGCUCAGGAUUGGAGGCACUGCCUUCUAAUGGAGUAGCUGAGAGAUAUUCAUUGGAUGGAGAGAGCUCCAUUGAUGAGAGGGCAGAAGAGUUCAUUGAGAGGUUUUAUGAGGAGAUGAGGUUACAGAGGCAGCAAUCACUGAUGAAGUAGGGUAGUUGGGUGCAAUGGUGGAUUCUUGGUUCAAUAUGAAUCAUGUGACUAAAAUUGUUGUUUUUAUUUUCAUUAUUUGCUCUCUGUUUUUUAUUUACUCUGUAUUUAGGUAUCUUCCACGGAUUCUUUAAUGUUCAUUACUGUUUGUUCUUCUGGAGUCUUGCUUGGCUACUUAUUUAUGGGAAAAUUCUCCAAAGUAAAAAUGUUGUGGAAUUCAAAACUACUACUCUCAGUUAAAUUUGGUAAUGUUAAAGCAU